CAGCAGGGCUGGCUCUCCCCUACCCCCGCUCCUUCCUUAUCAGCAAUUCAGAUUGCAUGCAAAUCUGCGGGCUUUCUUACAGGGGCAAGGCAAGGACCGAGCGCUUCUCCCGGGCCGCGGCUUCGGGAGAGAGAUAUCUCCUCCUCCUCCUCCUCCUCUUGGGAUUUUCUUCCUUCUCCCCUCCCCUGCUCUCCCCUCCCCUCUCUCCCUCCCUCUCUUUCUUUCCUCCUUUUCACCUCCUCGAACAAAAGUAGCCCUUCUCUCUGCGCCAGCCCUGCCUGCGAGCGGGGUCGCUUUGUCUGCCCGCACCGUCGGGGGCACCGGGAGCGGCACCGGGAGCGGCACCGGGAGCGGCACCGGGAGCGGCACCGGGAGCGGCACCGGGAGCGGCACCGGGAGCGGCACCGGGCCGAGCCGCCGCGGCGGCCGGCGGGCCAUGGCGGGGCGAGCGGCUGGAGCCCGGGUGCUGCUGGCGUUACUGGGGCUGGUACUGGGAGGCGGUGGGGCGACGUGCCCCGAACGGGAGCUGGAGCGGAGGGAGGAGGAGGCCAACGUGGUGCUCACGGGGACGGUGGAGGAGAUCAUGAACGUGGACCCCGUGCACCACACCUACUCCUGCAAGGUGAGAGUCUGGCGUUAUCUGAAAGGCAAAGACAUCGUCACUCAUGAGAUUCUCUUGGAUGGUGGGAACAAGGUGGUUAUCGGUGGCUUCGGGGACCCGUUAAUCUGCGACAACCAAGUCUCGACUGGGGACACGCGGAUUUUCUUCGUCAACCCUGCCCCACAGUACAUGUGGCCAGCGCAUCGCAAUGAGCUGAUGCUGAACUCCAGCCUCAUGCGGAUAACGCUGCGCAACCUGGAGGAGGUGGAGCACUGUGUGGAAGAACAUAGGAAGCUUCUUGCUGACAAGCCCAAUAGUUAUUUUACUCAGACGCCGCCGACGCCGCGAGAUGCAUGUCGAGGGAUGCUGUGUGGGUUCGGGGCGGUGUGUGAGAGGAGCCCCACCGACCCCUCCCAGGCCUCCUGCGUCUGCAAGAAGACGGCUUGCCCUGUUGUGGUGGCUCCUGUCUGUGGCUCCGAUUACUCCACCUACAGUAACGAGUGUGAGCUGGAGAAGGCCCAGUGCAACCAGCAGAGGCGGAUCAAAGUCAUCAGCAAGGGACCCUGCGGCUCCAGGGACCCCUGCGCAGAGGUGACCUGCAGCUUUGGCAGCACAUGCGUCCGCUCCACUGACGGCCAGUCGGCCAAGUGCGUCUGCCCGUCGUCCUGCAGCGGCGUGCCCGAGAGCACGGUGUGCGGCAGCGACGGCAAAGACUACCGCAGCGAGUGCGACCUCAACAAGCACGCCUGCGACAAGCAGGAGAAUGUUUUCAAGAAGUUUGAUGGCGCCUGUGACCCUUGUAAAGGCAUCCUCAAUGACAUGAAUCGUGUUUGCCGGGUGAACCCCCGCACCCGAAAGGUGGACGUGCUCUCCCGCCCCGAGAACUGUCCCCCAAAGAGGGAGCUUGUGUGCGGUGAUGACGGGGUGACUUAUGACAACGAGUGCGUGAUGGGGCGCUCGGGGGCCAUCCGGGGCCUGGAGAUCCAGAAGGUGCGUUCAGGGCAGUGCCAGCAUCAGGACAAAUGCAAGGAUGAGUGCAAGUUCAACGCUGUCUGCCUGAACCGCCGUGGCACCGCUCGCUGCUCCUGUGACCGCAUCACCUGCGAUGGUGCCUACCGGCCUGUCUGUGCCCGGGACAGCCGGACCUACAGCAACGACUGCGAGCGCCAGAAGGCCGAGUGCCACCAGAAAGCUGCCAUCCCCGUAAAGCACAGUGGACCCUGUGACCUGGGCACACCCAGCCCGUGCCUGAACGUGGAGUGCACCUUCGGGGCCACGUGUGUGGUGAAGAACCAGGAGGCCGUGUGCGAGUGCCAGCAGGUGUGCCAGGGCCGCUAUGAUCCUGUCUGCGGCAGCGACAACCGCACCUAUGGCAACCCCUGCGAGCUCAACUCCAUGGCCUGUGUCCUCAAGAGGGAGAUCAAAGUGAAACACAAGGGGCCCUGCGACCGCUGUGGCAAGUGCCAGUUCGGGGCCAUCUGCGAGGCAGAGACGGGAAGGUGCGUGUGCCCCACGGAGUGCGUUCCCUCCUCGCAGCCUGUGUGCGGCACAGAUGGCAACACGUACGGCAGCGAGUGCGAGCUGCACGUCCGGGCGUGCACGCAGCAGACGAACAUUUUGGUGGCUGCCCAAGGAGACUGCAAGUCCUGCGGCAGCACAGUGUGCUCCUUCGGCAGCAAGUGCGUGGGUGGGCAGUGCGUGUGCCCGCGCUGCGAGAGGCAGCCCUUCGCCCAGGUGUGCGGGAGCGAUGGCCUCACCUACGACAACCAGUGCAAGCUGCAGCUGGCCUCCUGCCAGCAGAAGAAGAUCAUUGACGUUGCCAGGAUGGGGCCGUGUGAGGACGAGUGCGGCUCGGGGGGCUCGGGCUCCGGCGACGGUAGCGAGUGCGAACAGAACCGGUGCCGGCAGUACGGGGGCUGGUGGGACGAGGAUGCAGAGGAUGACCGCUGUGUGUGUGACUUCACCUGCCUGGCAGUGCCACGCAACCCGGUGUGUGGCUCUGAUGGUGUGACCUACACCAACGAGUGUGAGCUGAAGAAGACACGGUGUGAAAAACGCCAGGAUCUCUAUGUCACUAGCCAAGGAGCCUGCCGCGCCCUUGCCACAACCCCGCCACCUCUCCUGGUUGUGCACUGCAGCCAGACCAUCUAUGGAUGCUGCCCAGACAACAUGACCUUGGCACUCGGAGUGGGUGCAGCUGGAUGCCCAAGCACCUGCCAGUGCAACCCCUACGGCUCCUACGGGGGAGCCUGUGACCCCGCAACGGGGCAGUGCUCCUGCAAGCCAGGCGUGGGGGGCCUGAAGUGCGACCGCUGCGAGCCCGGCUUCUGGAAUUUCCGCGGCAUCGUCACCGACAGCAAGAGCGGCUGCACACCCUGUAACUGCGACCCGGUGGGCUCAGUGCGCGAUGACUGUGAGCAGAUGACUGGACUGUGCUCCUGCAAGACUGGGAUCACAGGCAUGAAAUGCAACCAGUGCCCCAACGGCAGCAAGCUGGGCAUGACUGGUUGCGAGAAAGACCCAUCAGCCCCAAAAUCCUGUGAAGAAAUGAGCUGCGAGUUUGGGGCCUCAUGCGUGGAAGUCAACGGCUUUGCCCACUGCGAGUGUCCGUCCCCACUCUGCUCGGAGGCCAACAUGACCAAGGUGUGUGGCUCUGAUGGGGUCACUUAUGGGGACCAGUGCCAGCUGAAGACCAUCGCCUGCCGGCAGGGACAGACCAUCACAGUGAAGCAUGUGGGGCAGUGCCACGAGUCCAUCACUCACACAAGCCACCCCUCACCACCCACACCGCUGCCCACGCUGCCGCUGGACAAGUUAAUCCUUCCUCCACCACUGCGGCUCACCACCCGGGCUCCAGAACCCACCGAGCUGGCUACCAGCUCCCUGCUGUUGGAAGCCAGGCCUACUGAAAGAGGUCACCCUACAACAAAGCGCAUCACGACUGCCAGACCAGCUACUACACCAUGGAUGACACAUGGGGUGUAUAAGACCACCGUCCGCCCUCUCUCCACCGCACCGGUGGUCCUGGCCACCACCCAGCCUGCCUAUGUUGAAUCAGGCAGUGCAGAAGGCAGCGGGGACCAAGAGAUGGGCAUCAGUGGAGACCAGGAAUCUAGUGGGGCAGGCUCUGCUGGGGAAGAGGAGGUGGAGGAAAGCCAGGUAACUUCCACCCCAGCCAUUGAGAGGGCAACGUGUUACAACACCCCGCUGGGAUGCUGCUCUGAUGGCAAGACUGCGGCUGCUGAUGCAGAAGGCAGCAACUGUCCAGCUACCAAAGUCUUCCAAGGAGUCCUCAUCUUGGAGGAGGUGGAAGGCCAGGAGCUGUUCUACACGCCUGAGAUGGCUGACCCCAAGUCAGAGCUCUUUGGGGAGACGGCCAGGAGCAUCGAGAGUGCGCUGGAUGAGCUUUUCCGCAAUUCUGAUGUUAAGAAGGAUUUCAAGAGCAUCCGUGUCCGAGACCUGGGGCAGAGCAGCGCUGUCCGUGUCAUUGUGGAGUCGCACUUUGACCCAGCCACUUCCUACACGGCAGCUGAUGUCCAAGGGGCCCUGCUGAAGCAGAUCAAAGCUUCCAAAAAGAAGACCAUCCUGGUGAAGAAGCCCCAGCAGGAGCAUGUCAAAUUCAUGGACUUCGACUGGAUCCCCAGGCUCUUCACCACCACUGUGACCACAACCACGGCCACCACCAUGGCACCCACCACCACCCGCAGGUACACCACAGCUACCGCUGCCACCACCGUCCACGUCCUGCGCCCAGACGCCGCGGGCCGACCCAGCACCAAGACGGCAGGAGCCGUGAGCACCAGGAGACCCACCUCCACCCUCCCUGCCACCACCGCCCGGCGGAAGCCCACGCGCCAGCCCCCCGCCAUGAAGAAACCCUCGCGGCCCUGCGACUCUCACCCCUGCCUGCAUGGUGGCACCUGCGAGGAUGAUGGGAAGGAGUUCACGUGCAGCUGCCCGGCAGGCAAAGGGGGAGCUGUCUGUGAGAAACCUGUCAGGUACUUCAUCCCCAGCUUUGGUGGCAAGUCCUACCUGGCCUUCAAGAUGAUGAAGGCGUACCACACCAUGCGCAUCGCCAUGGAGUUCAGGACCGUGGAGCUCAGCGGGCUGCUGCUCUACAAUGGGCAGAACCGUGGCAAAGACUUCAUUUCCCUGGCGCUGGUUGGCGGCUUCGUGGAGCUCAGGUUCAACACCGGCUCCGGCACGGGUAUCAUCACCAGCAAGGUCCGCGUUGAGCCUGGGAAGUGGCACCAGUUAGUGGUUAACCGCAACCGCCGCAGUGGCAUGCUGUCUGUCGAUGGGGAGCCCCACGUCAGCGGCGAGAGCCCGACGGGCACCGACGGGCUCAACCUCGACACAGACCUGUUCAUCGGGGGAGCACCGGAGGACCAAAUGGCUGUGGUGGCAGAUCGUACUGCGGCUACAACCGGCCUGAAGGGCUGCAUCCGCCUGCUGGACGUGAACAACCAGAUGUACGACCUGCGGGAGAAAGGCAGUGAUGUGCUGUAUGGCAGCGGGGUGGGCGAGUGCGGCAACGACCCCUGUCACCCCAACCCCUGCCACCAUGGUGGCAUCUGCCAUGUCAAGGAGGCAGAGAUGUUCCACUGCGAGUGUCUGCACACCUACACCGGCCCAACGUGUGCUGACGAGAGGAAUCCCUGUGACCCUACGCCCUGCCACGUCUCUGCCACCUGCCUGGUGCUGCCAGAGGGAGGUGCCUUGUGCGCCUGUCCCAUGGGCCGGGAAGGAGACUUCUGCGAGCUAGUGACAGAGCAGGACCACACCAUGCCCUUCCUCCCGGAGUUCAAUGGCUUCUCCUACCUGGAGCUGAAUGGGCUGCAGACCUUCGUUCCUGACCUGCAGGACAAAAUGUCCAUGGAAGUUGUGUUCCUGGCCAAGAGCCCCAGCGGCAUGAUCUUCUACAAUGGCCAGAAGACAGAUGGCAAAGGGGACUUUGUCUCUCUGGCCUUACACGAUGGCUACCUGGAAUACAGAUAUGACCUGGGCAAAGGGGCGGCUGUGCUCAGGAGCAAAGAGCCAAUUCCCCUCAACACCUGGAUAAGUGUCUUGUUGGAGAGGAAUGGGCGCAAAGGGGUAAUGAGGAUCAACAACGGCGAGAGGGUGAUGGGAGAGUCACCGGUGCCUCACACCUUCCUGAACCUGAAGGAGCCAUUUUAUGUGGGGGGAGCCCCUGAUUUCAGCAAACUAGCUCGAGCAGCUGCCAUCUCCACCAGCUUCGACGGAGCUGUGCAGAGGAUCUCUGUCAAGGGGGUGCCUGUGCUGAAGGAGCAGAACAUCCGCAGCGCCAUUGAGAUCUCCCCCUUCCGAGGCCACCCCUGUACCCAGAAACCAAACCCCUGCCAGAACGGAGGCACUUGCAGCCCCCGGCUAGAGAGCUACGAGUGCGCCUGCCAGAGGGGCUUCUCCGGGGCUCAGUGUGAGAAAGUGAUCAUUGAGAAGGCUGCUGGAGAUGCAGAGGCCAUUGCUUUUGAUGGUAGGACAUAUAUGGAGUACCACAAUGCCGUGACAAAGAGCGAGAAGGCCUUGCAGUCAAACCACUUUGAACUAAGCAUCAAAACAGAAGCCACUCAGGGGCUGAUCCUGUGGAGUGGGAAGGGGCUGGAGCGAUCAGACUACAUCGCCCUCGCCAUAGUGGAUGGCUUCGUUCAAAUGACCUACGACCUCGGCUCCAAGCCAGUCGUCCUACGAUCCACGGUCCCCGUCAACACCAACCAGUGGAUUCAUAUCAAAGCAUACAGGGUACAGAGAGAAGGUUCCCUUCAAGUUGGCAACGAAGCCCCCAUUGCUGGCUCUUCUCCACUCGGUGCAACACAGCUGGAUACAGAUGGGGCCCUGUGGCUGGGGGGAAUGGAGAAGCUGAGCGUGGCUCACAAGCUGCCCAAGGCCUACAGCACUGGCUUUAUUGGCUGCAUAAGGGACGUGAUUGUCGACCGCCAAGAACUGCAUCUGGUGGAGGACGCUUUAAACAACCCCACAAUAUUACACUGCUCAGCCAAAUAGAGCCCCAGGGACCCUUCCUUCUCCUUCCCUCCCUCCUGCCUAUUGCUGUAAUUAUUUUCUAUUUUUGUAAACUUAUUGCUUUUUAUAUUUUGGGGGGAGGGGGGAAUGGGAGGGGAGGAAACACCUUUUCUUUCGGUUUAUCUGUUCGGUUGCAGUCUAUCCAGGUCAGUCAGACUCUAAUCAAACAGCAGCAACAAAGAACAAACCUUGAACCAAGUCUCCAAGAAGUGACAGAAGAACUUCCCCAUUACACCUGCAUUGUAAAACUUUUUCAUACUUGAAGCUUCUUUUUGGGUUAUUUUUCCCCCUCCUUACUUGUGUUCUUGGGUUGUUGUUCAUGCCCGUGGGGGAAAGGAUGCUGGUGCUGGCGAGAUGUGUGGCCUCCGUGGAUUCACUGCCUUCCCACCUCAGGCCUGGCCCCAAAGCCCCGCUCUGCAGGGCUGGCUGAGCAGGGAAGUGGCCACCAGAGAAGCGGCAGUUGCCACCCUGCUUUGGGGCCUGGCUCUGCCAAGCCUUCUCCUGGCCCUGUGUCCACCCUAUCUCCCUCCUCCCCCCUUCCUCUCACUAUAAUUUAUGUGUGUAAGAAUCUCAAGUGCUUUUCUCCUUUAUGCUCUGUUAAAAUCAGGGAUGCCAUGCACUGGAAGAGAGACCAAGGUCUGCUCUGAGCAGGCAGGAAAGCAUUGCUCUUUGGUUGUCUUAUGACUGUUUGCUGGACUGAGAGGUGCUGUAGGGGAAAUGUUGAUUUCUCUGUUGGCUCUCCUCCUCUUGGACAUGUGCAGAAGCAGCUGUGAAACCUCAUUUCCACGCUUUGUUUUUAUCCAGACAUGUCCUAACCACCUGCUUGCCCUGGCUGCUCUUCCCAAGAGCUUCUGUGUACCAAGCGUUGCCCUCCCCUGUGCACCAGUGAACUUGCAGCACCUCUUCAAGAGCUGGAAGUGUUCUCCCUCUUCCAGCGCUGUCAAACGGGCUGCCAGGGCACGGGGACUGGGUCCCUUUUCACUUUUAAAAAAAUAAUCUGUUGGAUGUGUCCUUCCAUGACCCAUGUCCAUUUUCCAGCCUCCGGGCGUGACUUUGCCCUCUGUCUACCAUGAGGAUGCUUGCAGCUGGCCAGCAUGGGAAUCGCUGUAGAGCUGGUAUUAGAGCCUCUCCCAUGAAGAGUAAUUGGAGUUUUACCUUUGACUAUAAGUUUUUGCAAUGCCCAGUGCAAUGCGGGGUCUUCCACGCCAUGAUCAAAGCUCCUCUGGAUGCCGCCAGCCCAGCAGCGAUAGCUGGAAUGGGAACGGGGCGUGAGUCAGCUGUCGAGGCAGUAGUGUUUGGGAGGAGGGGAUUUUUUUUUUUUUAAGGGUUUUCUUCCUCCGUGCAACUCUUGGAAGCAAAUACUGUGGUGCCAGUUACAAAGCCAGUAUGUGUGUUUCUGAAUGAAUGAGUGUAUGUUUGCGAGCGUCCGUCAACCAGCACACGUUUGCAUGCAAACCCUGAAUCUCCCGUAAGCAGGAGAAGAACAAACGGAUUGCAGCUAUGAAAGAAAUGACCCGCUCCAUUCUGGUUCCUUCUCCAUGGGAAGAAUUUACUGGUGCUGUGUAGCAUCUGUGUCCUUUUCCACCGCCGGGACACAGUGUGUCCCUUUCCCACCCUGAGAUGGCAGCUGGCUCUGUGUAAAACCAGCUUUAUGGAACGUACAGAAUUAAUCUGAAGGAUUCCACCAGGUAUCAAGUGUUAUUUAAUAUCCAGAGUGCCAUCGUUUUGCAGUUUUACCAUAAAUUUCUAGCGCACCUUGUAGUGUCCCUUUACAAAGUAGUGCACCCUUUAAAAAUGUUGUUUCUCGGCACUACGUUUUGAGCCAUGAAAAGUCAAAUUACUUUUCUCAGGGUGAGCUCUGAACACAGAUGUAAUGAAGGGGAAGAAUAUUGUAUAAAACCACUUGGCUUUCCUUUUUUCUUUCUUUUUUUUCUUUUUUUUUUUUUUAAUUAAAGGAAAUCUGUGCUCCCCCCCCCCCCCGCCCAAUCUCUACCUAAUCUAUUGACAUUCCUCUAAAAAUCCAGUGGUUAAAUAUUUCACGGGGGGGGGGGCUGCACCCUCUGUGGGAUGGAGCCUCCAGGGUGGGUGUGUGUGGCUGUGUGGGUGGAAAUACCACAUUUUAAGUGGCUAAUGUAAUGUAUAUAAAUUGUGGUUCCUGGUGGGGAGUACUGUGACUGUGUUGUGAAAGGGAUGGGCUGCUGUAUUUUGAUCACGAGGUGUAGAUAGAUGGGGGCUAACUAGGACUGCAGCGUGGGGUGGGCUGGGAGGGAAGCUCGAGACCCUCGGUCUGUGUUUUGAGAACGUGAGUUCUAGCUGGGCAAUGCAACUGCGUCGGCCGAGACUGAGGGCUGACCGUGCCAGCUCCGGAGGGAGAGGGGCAUGCGCAGAGGAAGCUGCUAAUUUUCUAGAAUGCCACUGGAAUGAAGCCAGGGUCACUGAAAAAAAAAAAAAAACCAACUAAACAAAAACAAAAACUCUGUCUGCUUUUGCUGGGGCUUGGAAAUGCCUUAAAACAGGACUUUGCGUCCUCGUUGCCAAGCAUCUUGAACCAAGGUCAGAUUCAGCAGUGCUCCCUAGGGGCUGUGCACUUAACUUCGGCUUUAUUUUUAAUAGCAUUUAUAACAUGUAUGUACAAAAAAAACAAGACAUUGAGGUUUGGGUUUUUUUCUGGUUUGUUUUUUUUUUUUUUGCCUUUUUUUUAAAAAAAAAGUUGUCCAUGUGGCUUCAUUUAUAGGGUAAAUUAAUGACCAUUGUGAACUGCUGUAUGAAUUCUGAAGGGCAAUGCACAGUAGAGGAGCAGCAUGAUAUAACCAUUACUAACUUGUGUCUUUCGUCAAUCACCAUGAAAUAAAGUUUGAAAACUAUUAAAUAUGUUUUUAAGGGG